CUGGAGUACACACAAGCCAUAGCACUAACACACAUCACCAUAAAAAAGGCAUGAUCACGGACUUUAGGUAAACACAUUUAAAGUGCUACAAAAAGCACAAAUAUGUUAGCUGAGUCACAACUAAGCAAAUGGCUAGCAACAGGGAUGUCCUCGAUCAAACUUUAAAUCUUAGCUCAGUCUUAGUCCCUUCUCCUGUCCCUUUACACCUGAAACAAAGGGGAAAGCUGUUUCUAGAGAGCAAUGCUAAUUUGUACGAUGCUGGAAACAUGCCGUUGCUACACUUUUCAACCCUGAAACAAAUCACGCAAACAGUGAAUCUACACUGUAAUAGAAGCAUGUUGUAUUUACAGUGCUCUCAAAUCCAGCUUCCUCAAGUAUUAUAGAUCUGUGGGAUUCAAUACAUCUUCUGGAGACAAUGGUUCAGUAAAGAAUCCAUGUGCCAUAGAGUGAAUCAGUAUCUCUGAAAAAAUAAAAGCAUAUUUUUUGGAACAAAGCUUAAAGAUAUAUAUCAAAAUAAAAUUAUAUACAUAAUUCUCUUUGCUUUAUGUUUUACAUCUUUGUGUUUGCCCUCAGGCUCUCGGGCUGUCUGAUCACUCAGGAUGGUUGUACUUCUCUGGUAUUAGCUCUGAACUCCAACCCCUCCCAUUUGAGAGAGCUAGACCUGAGCUACAAUCAUCCAGGAGACUCAGGCAUGAAGCUGCUGUCUAGCUUACUGGAUGAUCCACGCUGGAGACUGAACACUCUUAGGCUGGACCACGGUGGAGAGCAGAGGCUGAAACCUGGUCUGAGGAAGUAUUCCCGUGAUCUUAAACUGGACACAAACUCAGUGCACAGAAAACUUAAACUGUCCGACAACAACAGAAGAGUGACGGCAGUAACAGAGGAGCAGCCUUAUCCUGAUCACCCAGAGAGUUUUCAAGCAUGCCUCGGGCUGGAGGUGUAUGAGGGGGCGGAGUCUGUCAUGCUGCCCUGUCAGGUACCAGAGGACGUUUAUCAGGACGCCACAGCAGUGGUUUGGGACCGCAAGGACCUCAGCAGCCCGACAGUCCAUCUGCGUCUGCAGAGCGGCGACGAUCUCACGAGACAGAAUGUGAUUUACUUCAACCGAACAUCGAUGAGAGCCGACGCUCUGCAGACCGGAGACCUCAGCCUCACGCUGAGGAAGCCCAUAGUCAAUGACACCGGCACCUACACCUGCACCACCCGAAGAUAUGGACAAGAUCAGAGCAAGACCCAUUUGCAACUGAGGGUGGCAGAACGUCCUCCUCCUGGUCCCACUCCUCCUCCAGUCUGGCCCAAAGUUCUCUCAGGUGUCCUGGUUCCUGUGGUUCUCCUGGCUGUCGGCUUUGGGGUCUUCAUGUACUUUAGAUAUAAAGAUUUAAAGAACAAAGAAGUCGUUCAGGUCGCAGCAGAACCAGGUGAUG